AUGAGCGACCAAGAUCACUCCAUGGAUGAAAUGACAGCCGUGGUGAAGAUUGAGAAAGGAGUUGGUGGCAAUAAUGGGGGCAAUGGCAAUGGCAAUGGUAAUGGUGGUGGUGCCUUUUCUCAGGCUCGAAGCAGCAGCACAGGCAGUACCAGCAGCAGUGGAGGAGGAGGAGGAGGACAGGAAUCCCAGCCAUCCCCUUUGGCUCUGUUGGCAGCCACUUGCAGCAGAAUUGAAUCACCCAAUGAAAACAGCAAUAACUCCCAGGGCCCAAGCCAGUCAGGGGGCACCAGUGAGCUUGACCUCACAGCCACACAACUCUCACAGGGUGCCAACGGCUGGCAGAUCAUCUCUUCCUCCUCUGGGGCUACUCCUACCUCAAAGGAACAGAGUGGCAGCAGUACCAAUGGCAGCAAUGGCAGUGAGUCUUCCAAGAAUCGUACCGUCUCUGGUGGGCAGUAUGUUGUGGCUGCCACCUCCAACUUACAGAACCAGCAAGUCCUGACAGGAUUACCUGGUGUGAUGCCUAAUAUUCAGUAUCAAGUAAUCCCACAGUUCCAGACCGUUGAUGGGCAACAGCUGCAAUUUGCUACCACUGGGGCCCAAGUGCAGCAGGACGGUUCUGGUCAAAUACAGAUUAUACCAGGUGCAAACCAACAGAUCAUCACAAAUCGAGGAAGUGGAGGCAACAUCAUUGCUGCUAUGCCAAAUCUACUCCAGCAGGCUGUCCCCCUCCAAGGCCUGGCUAAUAACGUCCUCUCCGGACAGACUCAGUAUGUGACCAAUGUGCCCGUGGCCCUGAAUGGGAAUAUCACCUUGCUACCUGUUAACAGCGUUUCUGCAGCUACUUUGACUCCUAGCUCUCAGGCAGUCACGAUCAGCAGCUCUGGGUCCCAGGAGAGUGGCUCACAGCCCGUCACCUCAGGGACUGCCAUUAGUUCUGCCAGUUUGGUAUCACAAGCCAGUUCCAGCUCCUUUUUCACCAAUGCCAAUAGCUAUUCAACAACUACUACCACCAGCAACAUGGGAAUUAUGAACUUUACCACCAGCGGAUCAGCAGGGACCAACUCUCAAGGACAGACAUCCCAGAGGGUUAGUGGGCUACAGGGAUCUGAUACUCUGAAUAUCCAGCAGAACCAGACAUCUGGAGGUUCACUGCAAACAAGUCAGCAAAAAGAGGGAGAACAAAACCAACAGUCACAGCAACAACAAAUUCUUAUCCAGCCUCAAUUAGUUCAAGGGGGACAGACCCUCCAGGCUCUUCAAGCAGCACCAUUGUCAGGGCAGACCUUUACAACUCAAGCUAUCUCCCAGGAAACCCUCCAGAAUCUUCAGCUUCAGGCUGUUCCAAACUCUGGCCCCAUCAUCAUCCGGACACCAACAGUGGGGCCCAAUGGACAGGUCAGUUGGCAGACUCUUCAGCUGCAGAAUCUCCAAGUUCAAAACCCACAGGCCCAGACAAUCACCUUGGCCCCGAUGCAGGGUGUUUCCCUGGGGCAGACCAGCAGCAGCAAUACCACCCUUACACCCAUAGCCUCAGCUGCCUCUAUCCCUGCGGGCACGGUCACUGUGAAUGCUGCUCAACUAUCCUCCAUGCCUGGUCUCCAGACUAUUAACCUCAGUGCUUUGGGUGCUUCAGGAAUCCAGGUGCACCAGCUUCCAAGCCUGCCCUUGACUAUUGCAAAUGCCCCAGGUGAUCAUGGAGCUCAGCUUGGCCUCCAUGGGGCUGGUGGUGAUGGAAUACAUGAUGACACAGCAGGAGGAGAGGAAGGAGAGAAUAGCCCAGAUCCCCAACCACAAGCUGGUCGGAGGACCCGGCGGGAAGCAUGCACCUGCCCCUACUGUAAAGACAGUGAAGGAAGGGCCUCUGGGGAUCCGGGCAAAAAGAAACAGCACAUUUGCCACAUUCAAGGCUGUGGCAAAGUAUAUGGCAAGACCUCGCACCUACGGGCACACUUGCGCUGGCACACUGGCGAGAGACCAUUCAUGUGUACCUGGUCAUACUGUGGGAAACGCUUCACGCGUUCGGAUGAGCUGCAGAGGCACAAACGCACACACACAGGUGAGAAGAAAUUUGCCUGCCCUGAGUGUCCCAAGCGCUUCAUGAGGAGUGACCACCUGUCAAAGCAUAUCAAGACCCAUCAGAAUAAGAAGGGAGGCACAGGCGUAGCCCUGAGUGUGGGCACUUUGCCCCUGGACAGUGGGGCUGGUUCAGAAGGCAGUGGUGCUGCCACUUCUUCAGCCCUUAUUACUACCAAUAUGGUAGCUAUGGAGGCCAUCUGUCCAGAGGGUAUUGCCCGUCUUGCCAACAGUGGCAUCAAUGUCAUGCAGGUGGCAGAUCUUCAGUCCAUUAAUAUCAGUGGCAAUGGCUUCUGA